AUGUCAGCUGUCAAUGACACCAAAUUCAUCUCCACAUCGUUCCUUCUCACUGGGAUUCCUGGGCAGGAAGACAUCCAUCUCUGGGUCUCUAUCCCCAUUGGCUUCAUGUAUGUUAUUUCGAUAGUAGGCAAUUCAGUCAUUCUGUUCAUUAUAAAAACAGAUCCAACCCUCCAUGAGCCCAUGUACAUUUUCCUUUCCAUGUUGGCCAUCAUUGACCUUGGCUUAUCGAUAUCCACCAUUCCGACAAUACUGGGCGUGUUCUUGUUUAACUCUAGAGUGAUCAACCUCGAUGGCUGUUUUGCCCAGCUGUUCUUCAUCCACUCAUUUCAAUUCACUGAAUCUUCCAUACUGUUGUUAAUGGCCUUUGACCGCUUUGUUGCAAUUCGUGACCCUUUGAGAUAUGCGUCUAUCUUGACCCUUCCGAGAAUAACAAAGUUGGGGUUUGUGUUUGUGCUAAGAGGGGUGGCUGUAGUAUUCCCAUUCCCCCUUCUCCUAAAACGGUACCGAUACUGUCGAGACAAUGUCCUCUCCCAUUCCUAUUGCCUGCACCAGGAGGUCAUGACGAUGGCUUGUGCAGAUAUUACAGUCAACAGCAUCUAUGGCUUGGUAGUUACCCUUUUAACGGUGGGGUUGGAUGCGCUCGUCAUCUUCUUCUCUUACGUGAUGAUCCUCAAAACAGUGUUGAGCAUCGCGUCCCAUGCGGAGAGCCUCAGGGCCCUGAACACCUGCGUCUCCCACCUCUGCGCUGUCUUGCUCUUCUAUGUACCAGAGCUUGGCCUAACUGUGAUACACAGAUUCUGGAAGGGCUCUUCUCCCUUGCUGCAGAUUCUUCUGGGCUACAUUUCCCUGCUAGUCCCGCCCUUGCUUAAUCCAAUCGUGUACAGUGUGAAAAGCAAACACCUUCGUGAAAGGGUAAUCAGGGCAUUUGUCAGGUAA